CCAAUGUUUCUACUCUUGUUUAACCUUGGACUCCGUGUUUCGCUAGUGAUAACCGAGGAUAGAACUUCUCGUAAGUCAUCUGAAAUUAGAAGAAUAGUUCUCAUUUAAAGCCUGGCUAUUGCAUAGAGUUCGUGUCAGGUUUUCAAGCCUAUGUUACAACUUUAAAGUUUCGCAGUAAAGCCUGAGCAUAGCGAAACAUGAAAUAGCGCUAAAUAAAAAAUGCAUAAACUAUAAUAUACCCAGGCGUAGUUCGAUCCUUACCCCCAAAAAACUUCAAAUAGCGUACAUGCUGGCAUCCGUCCGUCACAGUGCGUACAUCAUGCACCUAACGCUAAAUGUGCAAUGGGAUUUUUUUUUUUUAUUGUUUCUCAUGAGAACUACUUAAGUAGAUUUCUCACAACAUUUAAUAUAUUUCCUUCCAGCUUGUAGCUUUCACUGUGCGGGAAAUGAGACUUGUGAUAACAAAAUUGGAGAAUGCACCCAUGGUUGCCAGGAUGGCUGGACAGGACUAACCUGCACAAAGCGUGAGUAAAUACAAUGGAUACAUGGAUAGCUGAUGUGAAACAUUGUCAACAUUUAAAGGCAAGGAAUCAGAUUUUUGUGAAAGCCGUCACUUCUGCUUGUUGCAAACUCUGCGGGCUAAACUAGCGUGUUGUCAUUGGGCAUCACUAUUGGGACGUUAGUGCUUCCCCACCAUUGGGAUGUUAGUGCUUCCCCACCAUUGGGAUGUUAGUGCUUCCCCACCAUUGGGAUGUUAGUGCUUCCCCACCAUUGGGACGUUAGUGCUUCCCCACCAUUGGGACGUUAGUGCUUCCCCACCAUUGGGACGUUAGUGCUUCCCCACCAUUGGGACGUUAGUGCUUCCCCACCAUUGGGACGUUAGUGCUUCCCCACCAUUGGGACGUUAGUGCACCCCACCAUUGGGACGUUAGUGCUUCCCCACCAUUGGGACGUUAGUGCUUCCCCACCAUUGGGACGUUAGUGCUUCCCCACCAUUGGGAUGUUAGUGCACCCCACCAUUGCAAUGCUAGUGCAUCCUCACCUUUCUGGUGUCAGUGCACCCCACCAUCGUGAUAUUAGUUCGCCCAAACACUAUCUCUUUUUUUUUUCUUUUAAAAUGAGUUUCAACAGUCAACACAUUUCUUUGAGGAGUGAUUUCUGAUUAAUUGUUGUUUUAUUCCCCAGUUUGCCCGAUCAACUGCUACAAAGAUGCGUGCGACUGGAAGACCCAACAAUGUGUUCGAGGUUGCAAUCCAGGAUUUACUGGAACUUUCUGCGAUAAAAGUGAAUACCGAUCAUAUUUUGUUGUGCAUUGUUAGCGUGUGUCGCGCUCAUGAAACCAAAUCA